CGCUGCAGCCCCCGGCCCUGCUACAACACCAUCACCACGCUCUCUGUCUCACACUUACACUACUCUCCCACACACUUUUCUCUCUCUCUCUCUCUUCUCUCUUUUCUCUCUCUCACACACACUCUUCUCUCUUUCUCUCUCUAUCCUUCCAACCCAUACUGCAACGUAGGCAGGUGUGCAAUAGCUACACGAACCGGCACUGCGAGAGUAAAAUAGAGAAAAAAGAAACACACACACACACACGGACACAAACGAGGUGGUUGGUGCACGCGUGAUAGACGCUUUGUAUACGCGCAGUGUGCAGCAGCAGCAGCCGCCGGCUAAUCAGCAGCAGCAGCAGCAGCAGCGGGAGCUUUCAUGGGAGCUUGAACUUUGACCGGUGCCAAGCAGAUUGCAGCCGCUGAGGCCAGGCUUCCAGAGUUUCAGAAUAAACAGCCGCUACCCGAGGCAGUAUCAGCAGCAGCAGCCAAGUUACGACGAGCGUAAGCGUUACUAUCAGGAGAAGAAGCAUCGUCAGAAGAGCAGCUCAUAUUCCCCGACUCCCUCGUCCGGACCAAGAACUCCCGGUCCCUCGGCCAAGCGAGACGACGACAGGAGUAGUUCGAGUCCAGCAAGAGUAGUUGCCCAAGUCGAAGCAGAAGACGAUCCAAUGGACGGCAUGGACGGAAACAACAAGCCUGUUCUCAACGAUGACCCCUCGGUCACCCUGACCAUCCGCCUUAUCAUGCAGGGCAAGGAGGUCGGAAGCAUCAUCGGCAAGAAGGGAGAGAUCGUCAAGAGGUUCCGCGAAGAGUCCGGAGCCAAGAUCAACAUCAGCGACGGCUCGUGCCCGGAGCGAAUAGUGACCGUGACCGGUCCGACGAAUUCGAUCUUCAAAGCGUUCACCCUGAUCUGCAAGAAGUUCGAGGAAUGGUGCUCCCAGUUCCACGACAUCCAGGGUGGCGGUAACGCCGGAGGCGGAGGUGGUGUCCCCAGGCCUCCCAUCACUCUCAGGCUGAUCGUGCCCGCUUCUCAGUGCGGCUCCCUCAUCGGCAAAGGUGGCUCCAAGAUCAAGGAGAUUCGCGAAGUCACUGGAGCUUCUAUUCAAGUCGCCUCCGAGAUGUUGCCCAACUCGACUGAGCGGGCUGUUACCAUAUCUGGCACCAGUGAGGCCAUCACCCAGUGCAUAUAUCACAUAUGCUGUGUCAUGCUAGAGUCCCCUCCCAAAGGUGCCACGAUCCCUUAUCGCCCCAAACCCCAAGUUGGUGGGCCAGUGAUCCUGGCUGGUGGGCAAGCCUUCACCAUCCAGGGUAAUUACGCGGUGCCCGCCCACUCGGACGUAAGUACAGUAAUGCCUAUGUCCGCCGCCCCCGCUGCCGGGACAGCCCCCCACCCGCCCUCGCUCAACGGCCAAACUCUACAGACCUCGCCCUUCGCGGCCCACCCCUCCUCGCCCUUCGCAGCUUCACCACACGGGCAUCAUCCCCUAUUGCCCGCCCACCUCGCCAACCCUCACCAUCAUCCUCUACACCCGAGCUCCCUACACGCCAGCGUGGCAGGCCUCGCCGACCCCCUGCUGAAGAGUGGACACUUGCAGGCAGCCCUCCCGCCCGCACACCUCGUGGCAGACGCCAUGGGCAAGCUCGGCAGCAGUCCAUUGGCCGGACUAGCCGCUCUCGGCCUCGGCGGACUCGCAGCGCCGGCGAAUACCGGAGGUCUCAACCCAGCAGCAUUGGCAGCACUGGCCGGAAGUCAGUUGCGUACCAACAACGCAAACCGACAGCAACCUGCGGCCAACAACCAGACGCACGAGAUGACGGUGCCGAACGAGUUGAUCGGCUGUAUCAUCGGCAAGGGUGGCACCAAGAUCGCCGAGAUCCGUCAGAUUUCCGGAGCCAUGAUCCGCAUCAGCAACUGCGAGGAACGCGAGGGUGGACCAACGGAUCGUACCAUCACCAUUACCGGUAAUCCGGACUCGGUCGCGCUCGCCCAGUAUCUCAUCAACAUGAGGAUAUCACUCGAAACUGGCGGCAUGGCGAUACCGGCGUUUCAGUACAUCACGCCCAACCACAUCGUCAAAUCGCCAAUUCACUAGGGACAUUCGCGCUGCUGGAGUUGCGCCGACCUCGUUGUCGUCGUAAGCCACAGUCGUCGUCGUCGUCCGACAAUCGAGGAGUUGUCCCCGAGUCGGCUACACGGGGAGUAAUUUUUUCGAAAGAGAGAAGCGUUUCGGCUUCCUUUUGUUUGUUGGCGAGAGAGAAAGAGAUAGAUUUGUUGGAGGUUUAUAAAUAAGACGCGCGUGUGAUGCCAGGAGAAUGAGUGCCAGGAUGAUGAGCGAGAGUGAGAGAGUAAGAGAGAUAGAGAGAGUGCAGGUGAUGAGGAAGCGAGCCAAUCGAGGCGACCACGGCACUGGACCACGACAUGUGUUCACACAACACUGGCUCGCUCUUUUGCGUCGAUUUUUUUCCGCGAAUAUAUGUAAUCACAUCGGGGAAAGAGGUUGAUAAUGAUGAUGUUUAGCCGGAGGCAGGCUUUUCGACGUGAGGUAGUAGCUCGCGUAUAUGAUACACAUACACUUACAUAUGCAUACACACAAACACACGAGGACAAGAAGAAAAAAAAACGUAAGAUUAAAUUAUGAUGACGUCGCGGCUGGACGGACAUGUUUCUGUCGGCGAUCACGCGUAUAGGUGUAGAGGGAUUAUUAUGAACACUUGAGUGUACAAAACUGUACAAAAGAUUUAAGAUGACAAACGAUGAGUAAACACAAAAAAAUCUUGAAAAAAAAAUUAAGCACGCCGCAGCCCCAAACGCUGCUGCCGAUUGGUAAAGGGAACAAGCCAAAGAUACGUUAGUUUUCAUUUUUAUAUUUAAUAAAAAAUAAAAAUAAAACAACAGAAGCUAAUUCCGAGAGACGCGGAUAUGAGAAGGAGGAGGGUUUUUCGAGGAGGUUGCGUAUUAUAAGUGUCAAGAGAGAGAAAGAGACCGCAUGCGGAGGAACUUGUACAUCAUUAACAUGUAUAUUAACUAUUAUUAUUAUUGACGAUGACUUAUUAUAUUUAUCAUAAUUUCGUGAAUCUGGGUUAGCAUUUUUAUUAUAUUCGCUAGUUGGAUACACGAGUGAGACGUUUUACGCGCAUAGGCGCACGUCCUGUCUCGAAUUAAUCGACUCCGGGUCAAGUUUUACUUUUGUGUUUUUUCUUUCUUUUUACCGUCGAUAUUGACGGAAGUUCGUAUACCUGAUUGUAUUUGCAAAAAUUGUGAUUCGAUGAGUUAGCUAAAAGUGGCCCCAUUUGUGAUUUGACUAUAUAUAAAUUUAAUUAUAUUGCGUAGCAAUUAGGUUUAGGCGCAAGUGUACAAAAAGCGUUGUGAGUUUUUCGUUGAGUAAAUUUUAUAUGAUACAAAUGCAAACGAGCGUUUGUGGCAACAAAAUAGCAAAGCGAUGUAUAAAAUUUCGUCGAUUAUCUGUACCGGAUCUUUUGGUUCCAAACGCGAAAUUCUAAAUCGAAGGGUAAAUUUCUUUCCAACACGAGGAUAACCAACGGCUUCGAUUCGCCGUCCGCGGAAGGAUAGGAAUACGAAAUCGAGAUUUCAUUUUUAAAUAGAGAGAGAGAGAAAGAGAGAGAGAGAGAGAGAGAGAGAGAGUGCGAAAAGUGGUCGAGCGAAAUGUAGUCAUCGCGCAGUUAACUUUAGAAAAAAGUGGCUUCUUUUGUGGCGUAAAAAUGCGAAAUAAAAUGGUAGACGGGAAAGAAGUAAGAAACAAAUGAAAUUAUAACAAGGAUUACAAAUAAGGAUAUAUUAUAUAUAUAUAUAUUAUAUAUAUUUAUUAUACGAUAGAAAGGAAGAAAUUAACUAGAUAAAAAUAUUAGCGAUGAAGAUGAGAUUAAGAGGCGCGUCAAACUCCCUCCCUCGAGACCCGCGCAACAUUUGAUCCAUCAUUUUUAUUUUAGAUUUGGUAUAAGGUUUAUCUGAUCCUCGAAGAAGAAAUCAAAUUUCACCACACUGAAUCGCGGAAUACGGUCGAGCUUUUCCGUUCUUACAUCGUAAUGUUAAUGUAUAAUUAAGGAAUAGAAUUCAUUAUUCAAAAGGCUUUGAAUGCAACGGUUGAACCUUUCUGACCACUCGAACGACCAAGAAACUCAAGUCGAGCGGCGGGAAAAGCAAUAAUAUUCGAAUUUUUCGCCUCGGGCGAUGCCUAGCUUAGACCUUGGACUGAAAUUUUAAAAGAAAACAUAUCCACGAGUUCACGCGCUUCCGGCCUGUGCCAAAGAGCAAUUUCUUAAUUUUCUUAUUUCUUUGAAUUCACUUUGAGAACAGAAAAUGUUAGUACAUUCGAAAAUGUGAAAUCUUCCGGCGCGAGUCGCGUUUACACAGUCUAUCAUUACGUUUACCGGUAUGAUGCUAAUAUUAAUUAAUGCGCAUUGUUUGUUAUUGGCUUUUAUUGUAUUACGUAUACAACUGUUGUUUUCUGAAGAUAAAAGGGGCAAAAAGUGCUUGUAAAUACAAAAUCAUACAUUUAUUUUACUCUUUUAAAGUAGUAUUUUUUUUGUAAAUAAUAAAAGAGAACGUUUGUUCGUUGUUAUGAUUUGUGAACGGUGGGCUUCGAAAAAGAGGAGGACAAGCAAGUCUAUUUCGCUACAAAAUUUUUUAUAUCCUUGAUUUUUUUAAAUUUACAAUAUACGCCCUUGUGGCCGAAAGUAUUGAACAAUCAUCUCCGCUUUUUAAAAUAGAGCAAACCGCAAGCUGCGCGAAGUGCCUUUUUUGUACACAAUGUCUUUCGCUUAUAUAUAACGCGGAAAAUUUUGGAUGUUCGACGGAGAGAUCAAAGCGAUCGUUCGUCUCGCCGCGAACUCCGCGACUUGUGUUUUCAUUUGGCUGAAAAAUAUUUUCAUUUCGUUUUCUUUUUAAUAUUAUUGGUUUUGUUUGAUCUUGUUGAAUUUCGGCGUUCUAAAUUGUUAUUGAUUUUCAUGACAAUAAUAAUAAAGUAUACUGUACAAAAUUAAUAUCGUCGAAAUUUAUAUUAUUGUUUUUUUGUUUUUUGUAAUCGAUAUCGUAUUGUUGUUUAUUGUGUAUCGUUUUAAUAAAUUAUGUGUUCAUAAUUGUGUAUGAAAAUUAAAAUGUUUUGCUGUAACGAUUAGUAGAGCGCGACUUAUUUUCUUCCCAAUUUUCACGAAAAAAGAACCGACUCUCGACAAAUGAAGCGUAUCGGCGAAGUCAAAUUAUUGGCAAAAAUCAGAGAAACUGAAAUUGUAAUUAAGGAGUUUAGAGGGUUUCGCGAGUGGAGAGAGAUAAGAACAAGCCUCUGGCAGCGGAAGAGCAAAUAAGUAAAUUUACAUUAAAAAAAACAGAAAUAAUGAGAAAACACUUAGUGAGAGACGCUGUAUGAUUGUGUAUAUCAACAAUAAAUAUUGCUGUGAUUAGAAUUGAUUAUAGGUUAUUUAUAGUUAAGGACGACUUUUUAAAGGCGCAUUGCGAAUGGAUAAUGUAGGUCUGAAGUUUUUCUUCGGGAUGCAGCCUCGAGCGAAAAGUCGAUUUUUUUACUUUUACGUGUUUGUAUACAUUUUUGUCGCGUACUUCACUUAUUUCUUUUCCAUUAUAUAUCUCCAUUCUUUUUCUUUCGUCUAAUUUUAACUUGAUGCUAGCACGAAUCAUUUAUUUAUAUAUACAAAAUAUAUUAUUAUAUAUUAUAUAAGACUAAUUCGUGUAACGGUAUUUAUAAGAAGUUGUCGUUCAAACACAUUAUACGCGUUUGCUAUACAACUGCGCUAAUCGCAAUGGUUUAUUAUGAAAUUAUUUUGUCGACACGGAACAAAGCAAGAACCUUCACCGAUACACACAAUUAUUUUUAUAACAGUAUGAUUAAAGCAAAUUUUAGAACUUUCGCUCGCGGAGCAUCCAGUGCACCACUGCGUGAAAAAUAAAAAAUAUUAAAGAAUAAACAAGCAAAUGAUAAUUAAACAAAAAAGAGAUAAAAAAUAUUGUUAAAGACAGUUCUUUUCUGCUAUAACAUAAUCAGAGCGGACCAGAUCCCUGAAUCUCUGCAACAUAUUGUAAGGGUCAAAUCACGCCGAGAAGAAAGCAAAUAAUAAUAAUAUUAACAAUAACGUAAUAAUGAAUAUAAUAAUAAUGAGUAAUAAUAACGGAUAAUGAAUAAUAACGAUGAUAAGCGGCUUUUUCGACUUUCUUCGACCUCGUUGUACUUAAGGAAAGAUCUGAGUGAAAGUUUUUCACUCGAAAGUCUUAGAGGAUCCUUCAGUAAAGAAAAGAAAACGUUUAGAAAACUCUAUUGUCUUUCGCGUUCGAACCAAAUAUAAAAGAAAAAUUCGUCGCACCGAACCUUGGUUCUAAAACACGAGCGCGCGACUCGCCGUUCGAGGACGGAUUUAUUUUUCGACGAUCAGUAGAUGAAAUAUGCAAUUAAGAAGACUGAGUCCCUAAAUAUAUUAUCUAUUUUUGCUUGAUUAUUCUAUACAGAGUACGGAUAACGUAUAAAACGAUACGCUUUUCUUUAACACGCGCGUUCACUCGGGUCCUUUCUUAAACAAGGAAGACAUUGAAUUACCGAUAAAAAUAAUGAAUAUACAACAGGAAGAAAUUGCGGAAACAAAGGAAGGUUUAAGGCGUAAUGAAGUAAAGAGAAAUCAUCGUCGUAUAAUAAUGCGAAAACUAAAAAAAAAACUAUAACCUCCAGAACAUAUCCGUUGACACAUAUAAGACGUUAGGCUAUACGAUUAUUUUAUCCUCUAUUCUAUAAUAUAUCGCUACACUAAGUAAAACGAAGGGAAGAAACAAACAAAAAACAGCCACGCGCGUGCUCGUACAUCAAUGAGUCCAGCUGCUCCAAACCGUUUCGUUUGAGACUAUGUAUCAUGCGUUUCACGGACUUGUCAUAUCCGAACCUCGAAUGCAUACUGAUUUCAAUGAAAAGAAAAAAACAGCAAAAGCCAGACACACGUAUUAUAUACAAUAUGCUAAGUGUAUCGAGAAGCAUUACUUACUAACCGUCUAUCGAACGUAAUUUUUGCCAUUGAAAAAAAAUAACACACCUAUACACACAUCCAAUAAAUACUCAGCCGUAUAAUUGUUGAUUAAAGAGUAUAAUAACACAAAAUACCAGGAAAAAAAUACAUGUGGAAGAGAAUUAAUAAUAAUAAUAAUAAAAGGUUUUCGUCUCGCAGUGUAAACUCUACGCGCGCGUGAACUCGAAAGCGAUUUUCACAGCAACGCUGGUCGACAACAAAAUAAUGAAAAUACAAUCAUUUUUCGCGUUUAAAUCUUAAGCAUCGUCGUAUUACAGCCGCCUGUGAAAAUCGCUUUGUUCGCCGCUAACUCGUGUAAUGCGUGUAUUUUACAGUUACAGUAAUAAUCUAUAGCGAAGCAAAUUUAAACUAAAGUACACAGUCUCACACACAGGACAAGUUUUUAACUAAAAAUAAAGAAGACAAAAUGACAAAAAAAAAAAAGAAAGAAAACAAAUUCAUCGGCGUAUAAAAAGUCUCGUAUAAGGAAUAAACUUGUGUACGUUUUAAUAUUGGUAUACGUGUACUUCCGUAGCUAAUUAUAAUUCUAUCGUACGUUGAUUGAGGGGAAGAGAAUCGAGAGAAGUUAUAUACAGGCAUUUUCAAGCGAGUGAAGAAAAAAUGUGCAAAAAAAAGAAAAACGGAAAGUCGCGCCUGACGGCCAACUGUGCCAAUUGCCUUUAGUAGUAUUCUUUCUUCGAAUUCGAAUUAAAAAAAAAAAACACUCAACAGCUGCUCACUUUCUUUCUAGACUUCGAUGACAAAAGAUGAAGAAAAAAAACUUUGGAAAGUGAUAUCUAAUAUUAUACGCAUAUAUAAGGAAUAAGAGAAAAAAUUGUUCAUUCGUUAAUAAGUCUAUACAAUAUAUGUAACGCAUAAGUUCUAUACAUGUAUACUUUGUAUUUCGUUGAGAGAGCGUGAGGUGGGGAUGCGACACUUGGGAGGAUGUAAUAAAAAUAAGGAGUAAAAAAAUUGUCGAGGAUCGACGUACGACGGUAGAUUCUGUUGUGGCGUAGAGCAAUCCGUUAGUGCAGGGGCCUUAACCUUACUGCGCGAAAUCGGCGCCGAGCUAUCGUUAUUAUUAACUAAUCGCAUUGCGACGAGCCAACAAAGAAAAAAAAAAAUCGGUCGAUCGGCGCCGAUUUCCAAACUUAAAACACAAGGCAAUCAGCUAAGAAAUAAUAACUUAGUUUUUAUAGGAUAUAUUGAGUCGCGCUCGCCGCUUGAUUUACCCUUUUUCGAGUCAGUAGACUAACCACGCGAGACAUACACACACACACACUCACACUUGCACAUACGAAAAUGACGUUAAUAUUAUCGUCGAAGAAAGAAAGGUCACACACACACACAAUACACACACAAUAACACACGUCGUGGGGCGAGCGCUAGAUUUUCGAGGCGUAUUUUUUGUACACACCAGACACGCUACUGCGGGAAGAUUGUGAAAGAGAGAGAGAGAGAGAGAGAGAGAGAGCGAGAGAGAGAGAGAGAGAGAGAGAGAGAAAUAAUAUACAAUUGUGUGCCAAGCAUUAUAUCCAAGAGCAGACGUGCCAAAAACGAGAAAAAAAAAUAUUACCGAUCAGUCGUGAACGCGUGCCAAACAAAAAACCGACGGAAUAAUAACCCACUUCCCAAGCGCUCUGUAUGUCUCUGAUGUAAACGAUAUGGUUUUUCUCUGUAUAUGAAAAAAGCGAGCUUUGUGUAAAAAAAAAAAAAAAAAGAAGUAGAAUGUUCUCGCGCUGCGCCGAGGAUCACACUUUCUAUACGAUACUUAUAUAAUAUCCCCGAUUAUUUUUCUUUUCUUUCGCGCGCACACAAACAUGCAAUAUAACAGUUAUGUUCUUCUUCUUCACUAUUUUGGAUGAUAUAUUUAACGAAAUAUUAUAUAAUUUAUGUUUACUCUUAAGGAAUUUCGUUUGAGACUUUAUGUUGUUAAGUACAUAUAUAUAUUAUGAUCUUCGCAUUGAGAACUACGAUGACGAUUUUUUUUCAAUAAAUUCAAGUUUGUUAAUAAAGCCUUUUGUUAUGAUUUCUUUAUAUUCUUAGUUUUUUCUGUACCGACGCAUUAAAGUGCGCAUCGGCGCGACACGUCUUCCCCGAGAGCUUCUUCCGCGGAAUUAAUACUGUAAACACCUGUAUUCUAUAAAUAUUCUCACAUCCCAAUGAUAAUAACGAAAAAAAAAAAAAAUGAAAGGCUAAUUCAGUCUGUGAAAUGACACGAUCUCUACGAUGCACUAGCUCCUGUUCGCACCAUAUUAUAAACAGACAGCACACGAGAGCUAGCGUAUAAAGAAAAAACGAGAAGAGAAAUAGAGAGAGAGAGAGAGAGAGAGAAUAACAAACAAAAACUUACGUUACGAAGCCUUUAAGAAAACAGGGUCAUAAUAAGAGAAAAAACAAAUAAAAAAUAAACUAAUGAUAAUACGAGUAAUAUUACGUGUAUUUAAAUUUUUAACGCGACACGAAUUAACCCGCCGAAAAGGAGUAACGAGAGGGAGAAGGUCGAGAAAACAAAAAUUAAUAAAAAUAAAUAACGUGAGCAUAUAAAAUUUGCACAUAUUGUAAAGUGAGAAGCGCGGGACAUGGUCAAAGAUACGACGCGAGUGUUUAAUAUUUGUAAUACUACGUGAUGUGUAUAAUUCGUUGAUCCGCGACAUAGGCUCGAGGGCAAAGAAUAGAAAAGUUGUUUUGCUAUAUUGUGAUGAUGUAUUUGUCUAUACACGCACUCUUCUUCUUUUAUAGAUAAACGACGAAGGAAUUCGCCGUCGAGUCUUAUUGUAGACGCGGCACACACACACACACACCCACACACACACACACAUUAUUCCAGGGUAUAUAACGUUUUGUAAAAUUAUUGUCUGCUACUGGCAAUAUUUAUAUGUAUAAAAAGAGCGAGAGCGGAAGAGAUAAUAAAGCGAAGUUUAACAUGGAUAUAGAUCGUAAAUGUAACUAUUAUUAUUAUGAUUAUUAAUAUAAUACGCAUAGCAAGCUGAAUUAUAUAAGGAGAUGAUUAUGAUAUAGCGAUGAAGGCGAUUAUGUGAGAGGAAUAAGGGUGCACACAUGCAUAGUAUUGUAUAAUGUACACACUUACACUAACAAGCGUCGCUCCGCAAGAUAUACCUAUACUUAUAUAUAAAAGCGAGGCGAAGAGAAAAAUCGCGCAUCUAUCCGAUCUAUCGUCAUGUAUAUUAGCUAUAGUAGUCACUCCUCGGAGGAUCUUAGUUUGAAAAAAAAAAAUAAUAAUAAUAAAUAAUCGACCACAGUCUUCAAGUCGAUCUCUUAUCGAGCGAGUUGUAUAAGAUUAUUGCCGAUCGGCGGGUAAAAGUGCUUUAAAGCUAUAGAGACGAGAGGGAAAAAAAAUUAAGAGGCAUGAUUAUAUAUAGUUAUUAUAUCACACCGACACAGACACAUAUCUCGGUUGAUUCCACGUGUAUACUGUCUACAUAUCAGAAUUUUAGCUAUUAUCAGCUCCUUUGUCGAUUUUUAAACGUGUAUCAACAUUAACUUUCAUGGCUUUGUAUCUAACCCUCGUAUUAGAAACACGAACGAGAUCCGUUGAUCCUAUAUAUAAAUAUACGACGACACCCUUAUAUUGACCGCGACGAGAGAGAGAGAGAGAGAAGGUGAGAGAUGCUAUAUACCUAUAUACCAUAUACCACAAGACUGUAGCAAAGAAAAUAACGAAGACGUCUCCGAAAUUUCUCUCACAAGACCAAAUACAAAGAAAGAAUGUAUUGAAACACCCCGUGUAUAACGAUAUCCCCUGCGUAUAAGACAUAAAGAAAAAAAUAAUAGUUUCUCUCGAACGGAAAAAGCUUGUGCGUAUAGGAGAAGGCGAAUAUCCAGAGUAAUCGUGCGUCUAUCCCACUUAAUGAAGAAAAGAAGCGAUUUUUUUUUUUUUUUUUUUUCGUUUGAAAAGAAGAAAUGAUACUUCUUCCGAGCUUCUCGAAAACGAUUGUGAUAUAUGUCCGCGAGAGCAGAUAUUAUAAAUUAUUAUAGCGAGUGAUAAGAGUGUGCGCGGAGAGAAAUAAUGUUGCGUACGUAUAGUGCGGGGAAAGAAUUUUAUUCUUUAUAAUUGAUCCUUGUGAGGAGAUGACACACAUUACACACAAGACAAACGAGACACUUGUGUCGAAAAACAAGCAAAAAUAAUGAGAUACAUAUUGUUGCGUAUAUUUGUAUUCUCGAUUGUAUACUUUUUAUCUGUAACGGACAUGUGCAUAAUACUACGUUGUUGAUUAGUUGCUACGUAAACGUGGAGGGUAUAGUAGAAGAGCUUAAAAAAUAAAACGAAAAAAACGAUAAAAUCAGAGAUAUUAAGAGAAUUGCAGUGUUUCGAACUGACUAAUAAUUUCUCUUUUUGUAAUAAUAAUUAUAGCGACUUGUGCAACGAGGCCCUUCGCUAUAGCUCGUUUAAUUUUUUUUUCGCGAUUCAAAAUAAAGUUCCGUUCGCGCGAGCGAGCUUACACGCCACUUGUAACAAAGGUCCUCGCAACCUUUUAUUUACGCAUCGCGUCGUCGCUCGCACGAACGCGCAAAUUUUCAUUGAAAAUGAAAAUUUUUUAUUGUGUUUUGAAUAAAAAAAAAAAAAAAGAGUAAUCGUACGAGGGAGAUGACAAACCAAAAGUUACAAAACCAACGGGAUCAGUCGCGCGAUCGACCGUAUGAGGAUGUUUGCCCUGCAAGCUCGGUCCAGGUGGCGCCAGUACGUGUCUCAGCUGUCAUGGCCGCUACGCACCAAUAGAAGAACAGAAUGCAGACUGCCGCGAAUUCAAAUGUAUAAUGUGGAGAGGAUGGAGGGGAGACGACGAUCAAACCAACAUUAUUUUUUGCAAAAUUACUGCGAAUUUUGCAAAACCCAAGGCACUUGUAGAAUCCGCAAUUAAAUUGCAAACGUUUUACGCUACUCUUAUGCCAAUAUAAGGCUGCUUCUAGAUUUUCGCUGCAUAGAAUAAGCGAGGUAGCCUAUUUAUACGAUAUUGAAACUGUACAUUGACAUAAGAGUUGCACAAAGCGUUUACAAUUCAAUUGCGGAUUCUAAAAAUGCCUUAGUUUUUGCAAAAUUCACAAUGAUUAUGCGAAUAAUCACGUUGGUUUAAAUGACGAUCCCCUUCGACACUCUCAACGCUAGGCACAUGAGUACGCAGCAGACUAUAGCACAGCUAUGUAUUCAGCUAUGUUGUAGGUCCGGCGUGCAGGGCAAACAUCCUCAUACUUAUACAGAGAAAAGCUCGAAAAAGGAGUGAAAAAAAAAUAAUAAUAAAUAAAAAGCGCGUUAACGAUAAUACGACUAUUUUUACAUAUCGAUCUCUCUUCGACGAGUUGUCUCGUCGGACUCAAAAUCUCGCGGUAUAUUUGCGACGCAAAAAAGCCGACGCUCCUUUCGAAAGUAUACGUUAUUUUCUUACGAUCGAACGCGCACGCGGUCCGUCGUCGGUAUUUUUUUCUUUCUUAUCGAAAAAAUAUCGCUCGGACGUCUUAUUCCAUUUCAUAUCGGAGCUCAAGCUCUGGUCACCGUACGGAGAGCUUCAACGUGACAAAGCAUAAUAGUGUACUAUUACCCUUUUGAUCGUUAUGAAUUUUCGAGAGAUACAUGACACACGACAAGAAAAAAUAAAAUAAAAUAUAUAGACCUGAGAAAACGCGUCUCGUCAUAUAUGCGGAUUUACUAUAGUGAUCGAUGGUGGUUCAAUGUUCGUAAGGGCAAUAAUAAAUAUUACAAAUUUCGAGGUAUAAAGCGACAGAAAAAAAAGCAACCGUGCAUUUGAAUGUGCACAAUAAGCCGAGAAGGAUUUAACGAUUGCAAAGAGAGAAACGAGCUCUGCUCAAGAGCUGUGUAUCAUCGAGGUGGUAAAUUGUGCAGAGAGAGAUUUUUUAGAUAAUGCACUUGUAACGUUUAUUCACUAUGCUAUAUAAGGCUAAAGAUCACACGUACACUCACACAAACGGACACACACACACACACCCGUGCGCACGACUGCAAGCUCGUGGCUCUCGAGCGACAAGAAUAUGAGGUAUUACAAAAACGAGAAGAAAUUUUCACCUUUUUACACGAGAGUAUAACAGUUUGAAGUGAUAUGCGAUCCUCGUUGUACACUGCAAAAAUUAACUUAUAUGCGCUUAUAUAAUUGUAUACACGAUUCAAAACGAACAAAUUCCAAUUCGAGAGUCACGAGUGUGCAAGCGAUCGACGAAUAAUGUUUAAUUAUGAAAUAAAAUACAUUAUCAAUAAAAGCAAGGGAGAAUAAUAAAUACACGCGCCGAGGCGAUAAGGAUAUAAUAUAAGGAACGAAUAAUAAAAUAAAAAAAAAAGAAUUGGCAAACGCAUUACAAUGUUCUAUAUAUGAUGAUCCGAUCGUACGGAGAGAAAGCGAGAGAGAGAGAGAGAGAGAGAGAGAGAGAGAGAGAGAGAGAGAGAGAGGAAGAGUGAAGAAAUGAAGAUUUUUAGUGUUUACACUACGAUUGAUAAACAAUUCUAUUAUUACAUAAUAUAAACAUUAAUAACAAUAUUAUUAUUAUUAUGAUUAUUAUUGUAAUGUUUGUUUUUUGGUUAUUAAAGUGUGUAUAUAGCGAUA